AUGGUGAGAUAUUCGGUUAAACCUGCUAAUUCUGCAAAGUCCGCUAAAACUCGGGGUUCAUAUUUACGUGUUCACUUUAAGAACACUCGAGAAGCUGCCAAAUCAAUUUCGGGUUUAAAAUUAUCAAAAGCCAUUAAAUAUUUGGAAGAUGUAAAGAGUCAUAAGCAAGCUGUACCUUUUAGAAGAUUUAAUGGGGGUGUGGGUCGAUGUGCUCAAGUUAAAGCUUUUGGGGCUACUCAAGGACGUUGGCCAGAGAAAAGUGCGGAGUUUUUAUUGGGUCUUUUGAAAAAUGCUCAAAGCAAUGCUGAACGUAUCAAUCCAUACAUGAGUAGUCCUUGUCACAUUGAAAUUAUUGUUUCAGAAGAAGGUUCUCAAGUAAAACGUGAAAGUGAUGAUACUAAAAAAGUUGCUCGACUUAAU